CCAAGUAUAUUUUGUCUUGUUUUAAACGGCAUUCAUUAUUUUUUUUCCUACACAUUAUUACUCUAUCGGUAUGUUAUAUUGAUAUAGCAAACACUGCGUUUCUUUCUUAAUUUAUUCGAGCUAACUUCCCAAAAAUAUUGCUCUAACCAAGGAGUGUAGCGUCGUAGGUUAUGGUGAGGAAAGUCCGUCAUGAUGGUAAGCAAAAGAGGUGGGCGGGGCUACACUGUACAAAUGGAACGGAGUGUAGCACGCACAGUGGAGAAAGACGGCCAUGAUGGUUCCAGGAUGGCAGCGCUUCUCCCGUGGUUGUUCCUGGUGAGCCCAGCGGUGCUGGCUGCAAGCACGCCAGUCAAUGAAGCCGAUGGGACAGUACCACUUGUUCUGUGGCAUGGGAUGGGUGAAAGCUGUUGCCUUCUCAACAUGGGCGCGAUAAAAAUGAUGAUUGAGCACAAGAUUCCGGGUAUUUACGUGCAUUCACUGAUGAUUGGCAACAAUGUUGAAGAGGACAUAGAAAAUAGCUAUUUCAUGGAUGUGAAUGAGCAGGUGGCCAUGGUGUGCAGUCAGCUUGCUCAGGACCCCCAGUUGGCGGGAGGAUACAAUGCAAUGGGAUUUUCCCAGGGGGCGCAAUUUCUGAGAGCCGUGGCACAGCGAUGUCCUUCUCCGCCAAUGAAAAAUCUCAUCUCGCUCGGUGGGCAGCACCAAGGCGUGUACGGGCUGCCAAGGUGUCUCGGAGACAAUUCCAGCGUUUGUGCCAUGAUUCAAAAGUUCCUCAAUAUUGGACCGUACAACGGAAUGAUUCAGACCAGUCUGGUGCCGGCACAGUACUGGCAUGACCCGUUACGUCAUGACAAGUACAAGCACAGCAGUCUCUUCCUGGCUGAUAUCAAUCAGGAAAGGGUGGUAAAUGAGACUUACAAGAAGAAUCUUCAGAUGCUGAACAAGUUCGUCAUGGUCAAGUUCCUGAAGGACACUCUGGUCGAUCCUGUGGAUUCUGAGUGGUUUGGCUUCCUAAAAACCGGGCAGGCCAAAGAGACUGAAACCCUACAGGAGAGUGUUCUCUACAAAGAGGAUCGUCUGGGUCUGGCCGCAAUGGACAAGGCAGGAAAGCUGGUUUUUCUUGAAGCAGACGGAGACCACCUCCAGUUUACAGAAGAUUGGUUCGAUGCCAACCUGCUGCCUUACCUACGCUAGAAAAUAAUUCCCUCCUGUUGCACUAAUCAUAUGUAGCAUGCUAAUGGGGUGAGGUUAAUUAAAGGUUAAAGAUAACUUCUGCUAAGUCUGUUACUUCAGUGUUCAUGUAAUUGAUCAUGUCGGUUGAUCACGUCUACAAACAAAAGCUUCACCUUAAAAAUGUGUUUAAUAUCCUGUAUGAAUUGGAUACCGUAUAUAGCUUAUUUACGCACAUUUUGUUUGAAACUAUCAAAAAAAAAGUGCUCUUUAUUUUAAUAAACAUGCACCGGACUCA